GGGUGGAGUUGGGUGUUGCCCGUUUGUUUCCACGGUCGGUCUGUGGAGCCUCGCAGUCGUUCUUCAAAUCCGAGUUUUCCUCUGAGCGCGUCUGUCUGAUCCGCACACCGGCUCCGUGUUCACAGCAUCCCGGCCAGAAAAAACAACAACUAAUCAGCAACCAUGGGAGUGGAAGGCUGCACGAAAUGCAUCAAAUACCUGCUGUUUUUCUUUAACUUUAUUUUCUGGCUGGCAGGAUGCGUGAUUUUGGGCGUGUCUCUCUGGCUCCGUCACGAUCAGAAGACCAGCAGUCUGCUGGAACUGAAGUUUGAGGACAAAGCAGCACCAAGCACAUUCUACAUCAGUGUCUACAUCCUGAUCGCCGUUGGCGCCGUGAUGAUGUUUGUUGGAUUCCUCGGUUGCUACGGUGCCAUCCAGGAGUCUCAGUGCCUGCUGGGAACUUUCUUCGCCUGCCUGGUCAUCCUGUUCGCCUGCGAGGUCGCUGCUGGCAUCUGGGGAUUUAUUAACAAAGACAAGAUCUCCAAAGAAAUGAUCGGCUUUUACGACACGGUAUAUGAAAAAGGAGUGGCCUUGCCCCUCCAGGACAAUAAGAAUGCAGCUGCAGUAACAGUGCUGAAGACCUUCCAUGAGAUCCUGCAAUGCUGUGGCAGGGGUGCAGUUGACUCUAUUUUCAGUAGUUUAACAACUAAUGUUUGUCCUGAAGGAAAAGGACCAUUUCAUGAUAACUGUCACACUAAAAUCACUGAACUCUUCAAUGAAAAGAUCUACCUUAUCGGCAUCGCUGCACUGGUUGUUGCUGCCAUCAUGAUCUUUGAGAUGAUCUUCAGCAUGGUGCUCUGCUGCGGCAUUCGAAACAGCCCUGUAUACUAAAAAAACGAGGACUGGGCAGAUCAAGAUGUGGCAUCUGGAGUCACCAGCCAAUGAGAAGAAGGAUAAAUAUUCUUCGGAAUAAUUCUAGCCUGAAUUUCUAAUGUAUAAUGUAGUUCGUUUGGAACAAGUAUGAAUUAUGGUUCGUUUUAUUAUGAUGCUAAUCUGUUCUGAUCACGACUCUCCCUGUGUAUGCUGUGUAUUAAUAAUGCAUAAAAACAGUACAGCUAGAUGCUUUUACACUCAAACACAACCAUACACGAGUAUAUAUACAAAUGAAAUAUGUAAACACGCGUUGAUAUUGAUAUUUUAAGUCUUGAUUUCUAUAGUAGUUAGCUUUAUUAUUUUCUUCUCCAUAUGGACGUCAGAUUCCCAGUUAUUUUUCUGUAUGUAAAACCUGUAUAUAUUUGCAGCCCUUUCCGUUUAGCAUGAAUAUUGACCUCUUGACUUUUGUUUGGCUGAAUUUGUACUUAUAUGUUUGCUAACAAUUGAAAAUAGUAUUAGAUAAGAGUAGGUCAAAGUAUACAAUGAAUUUAAAUUGUUGUUCUUUGUACAUUAGGGUGUAGCCUGAAAGCGUAACGCGGUGUAGCCUUGGCUUCGUCUGUGCCAGACAACUGCAAGAACCGUAGCCGUCCCCAACCAAGCAUGCCAACGUUUGAGAUCCUAACCGGCUCCUAGAUGCCAAGCGAAGUUCCCUCCGAUGUUUUGUGACUAACGUAUUUUAACCGACGCCCGCAUGCUUUCCCUUAAGGCAGGCUGGAAACCAGCGGAAUGGUCACGCUUAGCCUCUUUACCUUUAACUAACCCAUGCCAAAGCUCUUAUAUGCACCUCCCAGCCUUACCGACUGAAUGUCCUGCCCUGCCCUGCCGGUGCGAAAACACUUAAGACUGCAUUAUAUAGAAUGGCCUGUAAAUUCCUACUGGAAUUUUUUUACUCGUAUAUAAUCUGCUGUAUCAAUUUGAUGAAAUGCUUCUCUUUUAAAAAAUAAAGUAAAAAAAAAAAAACAAUCUUUACUGACUUUUCCACCAAACCUUCCUAAAUUCUGGAGCUGUUUGACAAUGUUGUUGUGUAAUCGAUCACUAAAUAACUCUUCAGUGUACUGUAAGGCUCCAGUGUGUGAGCUGUUGACCAGUUGUGUUUAUUGGCACAUUUUGAAUCCGUCAAGACACAUUAAUGUACGUUUGGUGACUGUUAAACACAUGGGGAGGGCGACACAGGCCCUCUGUGUGGAGUUUGCAUGUUCUCCGUGUUUCCUGUUGCAUGUUCUGCUGUCCAAAGAUAUGAAUUCAGGCCAUUUGGGGUUACAAAAAUUGCUGUGUGUGUGUGUGUGUGUCCUGUGAUGAACUGGGGUGUUUUCUGCCCUUCGUCCAAAGAAUCAGACCCACCGCAAUCCUGACCAGGAUAUAGUGGUGGAAAAAUAGACAAUGACAAUUAAUGAAUGAUUGAACACAUGGGCCAAGGUGAUUUGAUUUGGGGUUCUAGGCACUUUUUUUCUAAGACAUACCAAAAACAUGCCUGUAGGUGGACUGGGUGCUCUCAGAUGCCCUUAGUGUGUAAGAAAGGGACUGUGUUGAACUGGCACACCAUUGAGGGUGGUCACUAAAGGAGAACGAAGGAAUAAAUCAAAGAAUGGAUCGUACAGGGUGAUGUACAGUGGUGCAGGUAGUUUAGGGUUUUACAGAUCUAGUUGAUCCCUUAUGUCCAGGUCCUUUGGUUUUGGGUUUAAUCAGGUGGUGCCUUGUUUAGACUGAAUGCCCCCUUCGUGUCCAGCGUUCCACAGAUAGUGCAUGAUCGGACACGGUAAUUGUAGGACUGUGAUUGGUCAUUUUAAUUAAUGUUUUGACUUUGUUUAUGACGGAUUCUAAAAAUGUCCCAGUGUUCACAGCAGCUGGAACACAACCUCACUGCCAUUGCCAAAAACGGCGCUUUCUGUACUUCCUAUGCUGUCCACCAGGUGUCGCCCAAAUGACGCCAAUAAAAGAGUCAUUUUUAUUAACACUACAUCGGCUUCGGGUAACACACCCAGAUCAUCUCUUUUAACCCCAACACACACACACACACACACACACUUUGUUUUCCUACAUACAAUCUCCAGCUUGAUCUUGUAAUUGCACAUAUUGCUUAUGCUGAUAUGCUCAAGUGUCUUGUAAUAUGUACAGCUCCAUAUAUCAUUGUACUAUUGGCUGUGUGAAGGCAUUGUGAUUUCCUCUGGUACUUUGGUAUAGAAAAAGGACAUAGAUUUUAGUAAAAGUUAGCCAGAUGUAUGGAGUUUGAUAACAUCUGGAUCAAAUCAGGUUUCAAUAACAUAAACAGAAAUGUUGGAUCUAUUAAAAGGACCUGGAUUCCUUCACCAGGACCCACACUGGCAAACUGACUCAAAUCUCUGUCCUCGUUCACCAGUUACAGAUUUUAGUUCAGUUUUUUGCCCAGUUACAUAUGGAUUAAAUGUAUUUUACAAUGAA